AUGUCGCUAAAAUUCUGUCAGAAUUGUAACAAUUUAUUGUAUCCAAGAGAGGAUAGAGAAAGGAGGACGUUGUUGUUUGCAUGUCGUAAUUGUAACUUUGAAGAGAGCGCCGUAGAAGCGAGAGUCUACAGGAAUGACUUGAUGCGGCAAUCAAAGGAGGAAGCAGGCGUGACGCAAGACCUUGGAAAGGAUCCUACCCUUCCACGCACGAAUAUAGAGUGUCCAAAGUGUCUAUCCUCACAAUCUGUCUUCUUCCAAGACCAAUCAAAACGGACCGAGACUCGAAUGACGCUAUUUUACGUUUGUAUUAGCUGUAAUCACGCUUUUAGUAAUUUUUAA